ACAGAACGGAGAUUUUAAUUUAGAUAACUGCUGUUACCAUAGAAUGCCAUGAGUAAUAUCAAGGUAGAUCUGUUUAUACCUUUCCCAACCGUCAGGGAAGCUGACGUCGUAUACCAAGUGCUUCGAAUCGACAAGGAGCCAUCAAGAAGUGGAGUCACAAAGAAACUUACCUUGAACAAUAAUUUUCUGGAAGUGUCAUUCAGUGGUAAGGAAGCAAGGAAGGUGCGUGUGGCGCUUACAUCUUUCUUUGAACACCUGUUACUGGUGACGGAAACUAUUGAACAAUUCGGUCCACCUGCACCGACAUAUGAUUAUUACUAAGCUUAAGAAAAUCUAGCAUUUGAUAUUUUUUUAAUUAUAUUUCUCUAUUGAUCAUUUUUAAA